AUGGCCAUGGCUACAGCAUCGCCCAUCACCCUCACGCGCCUGACCAGCGAUCUGAAAGCAAGCCUACAGAACGAAAAGGCAAGGAAUCUCGCCACCGAAGCGUUUAAGGAAUAUGUCACCCUCGCUACGAAGGAAUUGUCAGGACAGGACCUCACAAAGUCCUAUGGCGAGAUCAACAGCAUCAUAAAGAUACUCCUGCAGAGCGCCGACAGCGAAGACAAGCUAUGUGGAGUACUCGUCAUCGAAAACUUGAUUGGUAUCGAGGAUGAAGACAACACUGCACAGGAAACCCGAAUCGCCAACUAUCUGCGCCAACUCUUUCCAUCCGAUGUCCCCAUUAUGACAGUCGCGGCCAGGGCGCUUGGCAAACUGGCGCAGCAAGGUGGAGCUUACACGGCCGACUUUGUCGAGUUUGAGCUGAAGAGGGCCAUCGAAUGGCUAAGCGACAGACAGGAGGCGCGACGACACGCCAGUGUACUUGUCCUUGCCGAGUUGGCACGACACGCGAGCGUCUUUGUAUACCCCUAUGUGGGCACCAUCCUGAACCAGAUCUGGGGCACUCUGCGGGAACCCAAGCAAACGAUUCGUGAUGCAGCAGCCGACACCCUCAGCGCAGUGUUGAUUCUCAUUGCCGAUCGCGACACGCCACAAAAAUCGAGCUGGUAUACGAAGAUGCUUACCGAAGUUCAAAUCGGACUUGGACUGGCCACCACUGAAAGUAUUCAUGGGUCGCUACUCAUCAUCCGAGAACUUAUCUUGCACGCGAAUAUGUUCAUGUAUGAACGGUUCAAGGGCACCUGCGAAAUAGUCUUGCGCUUCAGGAACCAUCGCGAGGGACUCAUCAGGAGAACGGUUACAAAUCUCAUCCCAGUGCUCGCUGCUUACGACCCCUCAGAUUUUAUCGACUACUACCUGGAAAAGUCUAUGUUACACCUCCUCGACCAAGUUCAGCUGGACAAGGAGCGGAAAUAUCUCAGCGAACUCGACAGAUCAGCAGCGUUUAUUGCCAUCGGAAGGGUCGCAUUGGUUGCCAAACAGGACACAGAAGGAUAUUUGGAUGGACUCAUGCAGUGCAUCAGAGAUGGCCUGCGAGCUAAAAGCAAAAAUCGGGCAGCAACCGACGCGCCUAUUUUCAGCUGUAUCAGCAUGGUUGCUCAAGCAGUUGGUCAGGCCUUGGAAUACCAAUUACCGGAAUUGCUGGAUCUGAUGUUAUAUGCAGGACUCAGCGAGCCCAUGAGCAAGUCCCUUGCCGACAUCGCCACAUACAUCCCACAUGCGCUUCCAGGGAUUCAAGAGCGUCUUCUCAAUCUCAUCUCGAUUAUUCUCAGCGGAAAACUGUAUCGAGCACCAGGAGCGCCUCAGCCAAAGAAAGGAGCUCAAAAGCGGGGCAGCACGUAUUUCUCAGAUACACAUGAUGUCGAUACUAUCAUCUUGGCUCUCAGGACUUUGGGAUCAUUCAAUUUCUCAGGACACAUGCUGAACGAGUUUGUCCGGGAUUCUUGUGUGGCCUAUCUGGACGACGAUCAUCCAGGCGUUCGUCGAGCUGCGGCGCAUACCUGCUGUCAGUUGUUCGCGAGGGACCCUAUUAUCUAUCAAACAAGCACACAUGCAGUCCAGGUCGUCGAUGAGGUCCUUGAAAAGCUGCUUCUCGUCGGGAUUGCGGACCCGGACACAACCAUUCGACAGACGACCCUUGAAUCGCUGGACGACCGGUUCGACCGACAUCUGGCAAAGUCUGAGAACGUACGGUCGCUGUUUAUCGCUCUUAAUGACGAGUCGUUUGCGGUCCGCGAGCUGUCGCUGACGAUCAUUGGACGCCUUUCCGUAUACAACCCUGCCUACGUCAUCCCAACGCUCCGCAAAAUCUUGAUCCAAUUGCUGACGGAGAUCGAGUAUGCUGUAGUCGGACGCACUCGAGAGGAGAGUGCGCGGCUAUUGACGUUGUUGGUUACCGCUUCGGAGACCUUGAUCAAGCCUUACAUCGAAAAGAUCUUUGAUGUCCUCCUACCAAACAUUCGGGAUACCAGUCCAGGAGUGGUGUCGAGUAUUCUCCAGGUGGUUGGCGAAAUCGCGCGAGUCGGCGGUGAGUCCCUUUUACACUAUACGGACCAGCUUAUGCCUAUGUUUAUCGAGAUCCUUCAGGACCAGAGUUCGCCCACAAAGCGAACAGCGGCGUUGACAGCCCUCGGUCGCUUUGCCAGCAGCACAGGCUACGUCAUCGACCCUUACGUAAAGUAUCCGAUCCUUUUGGAUAUCUUGAUGUCCAUUUUGAAGACGGAGCAAUCGGUCAGGAUUCGUCAAGAGACGAUGAAGUUGGUCGGAAUUCUCGGAGCACUGGAUCCUUACCGCCACAAGAGACCGGACCAGGUUGAGAGGGCAGACAAUUCGGAUGUUGCAUUACUCAUGGCAGGAAUCGACCCUGCAAACGACGAAUACUAUCCAACCGUCGUCAUCAGCGCUCUCUUGAAGAUCCUAAAAGACCCCUCUUUGAGCCAGCAGUACCAACCCGCGACCCAGGCGAUCGUAAACAUCUUUCAAGCACUUCAGCUUAAGAUGGUCCCCUUUUUACCACAGAUCAUGCCGGUGUACCUGAACAUCAUGCAGUCAGGGACCCUGCACAAUCUGGACUUUUACUUUGAAAAGAUGGGUUUCCUUGUCCUAGUGGUCAAACUCCACAUUCGACCCUAUAUACCCGACCUCCUCAAGCUGAUCUUUGACAACUGGAGCCAUAUCGGACUUCAGGGACGUAUCAUCGGCUUGAUCGAGAGUAUCGCUAUCGCUCUAGAGGGCGAGUUCAAGGUGUACCUGCCAAAACUUCUUCGGUCUAUGUUGGUCGUUCUGGACACGGAUCUGUCGGAGAAACACCGUGCCUCGCUGAGGGUUCUCCAGGCGCUCGUCAAGCUCGGCUCGAACAUCGAGGAGUAUCUGCAUCUAGUUGUUCCGGUCCUCGUCAAAACAUUCGAGCGAACUGACGCCCCAAUGAAUCUCCGGAGGGCUGCUAUCAGUACAGUUGGAGCCCUCUCAAAGAGGAUCGACUUUUCGGACUAUGCCUCCAGGAUCAUCCAUCCGCUAGUCAGGACCUUGUCUGCGCCGGGACCGGAACUGUCAAAUGUGACCAUGGAUGUUCUCUGUCUGCUGGCGGUGCAGCUCGGCCAGGAUUACCUCAACUUUGUUCCCCUUGUUCAAAAGGCGCUGGUGAAAGAGCGGAUCAACCACGCUAACUACAAUCUGAUCGCCACCAAGCUUCUUCACAAAGAGCCAUUGCCAUCGGUGUCAGAAUUGGUUGGCAUGGGUGACGAUCGGUACGUAGUUUCGACAGAUGUACCACAGCCAUUGUCGGACGACAAGAAGCUCCGAGUCAACCCAGUUGCUCUCAGACGCGCAUGGGACACUCAAUCGCGCUCUACAAAAGAGGAUUGGACAGAUUGGAUCCGUCGCCUGACUCUGGAAAUGCUAAAGGAGACGUCGUCUCAUUCACUCCGAGCAUGUGCUGAAAUGGCAACUUCCUUCCCGCCACUUGCACGCGAACUCUUCAACUCGGCCUUCAUGUCUUGCUGGACUGUCCUCCCCGAGCAGUUUAAGGGCGAGUUCGCUACUGCUAUCAGGACAGCCAUGACUGCCCAAAACAUCUCUCCGGAAACCAUUCAGGUUCUCCUCAACAUGGCCGAGUACAUGGAGCACGACCACAAACCACUUCCGAUCGACAUCAAAACUCUUGGAAAGUACGCAUUCACCUGCCACGCCUAUGCCAAAGCAUUGCAUUAUCAGGAGCUGGAGUUUAUGACGGACCAUUCGACCAGCAACAUUGAGAGUCUUAUCAGCAUCAACAACCACCUUCAACAGCCUGACGCAGCAGCAGGAAUUCUUACCUAUGCGCCACCCCAUGAGCUGAAGGAGUCUUGGUACGAAAAACUGCAUCGCUGGGAAGAUGCCUUGGCCGCCUAUGAAAAGAAGCAAGCCGAGAACCCACAGGAUCCAGUGUUGACGCUGAAGCGGAUGCGUUGUUUGCACGCGCUUGGAGAGUGGGAUGCAUUGUCGUCAUUGGCGCAGGAGAAGUGGGCCCAUGCUCCUAGCGUGUUUCGAAGGGAUAUGGCACCUUUCGUUGCUGCUGGUGCAUGGGGUUUGGGACAAUGGGAUCUUUUGGAUGACUAUAUCUCGGCCAUGCAGGAGGAGUCGACGGAUCGAGCAUUCUUCAAGGCGAUCUUAUCUCUCCACCGCAACCAGAUUCCUCAGGCGCAACAGCAGAUCGAGCUCACUCGGACACUACUGGAUACGGAACUGACAGCACUUGUUAGCGAGAGUUACAGCCGAGCCUACAAUACGGUCGUGCGUGUGCAGAUGAUGGCGGAACUCGAAGAAGUUAUUGCCUACAAGCACUAUGGAGACCAACCCGAGCGUCAAUCGACAAUCCGUAAAACGUGGAUGAAACGCUUGCUGGGAUGCGAACGGAAUAUCGAGAUCUGGCAGAGGGUUAUCAAGGUCCAUGCGAUGGCGCUCACCCCGGCAGAGGACAUGGUGAUGAGGAUCAAGUUUACGAAUCUGUGCCGCAAAUCUGGACGUCUGCGACUGGCCGACCAAGCGUUGGUGUCGCUCGUAGGACCCGAGAAUUCCGAGAUGGAGUUUACAAGGAUGAUUCAAGUCACCCAUCCACAGGUUAUCUAUGCCAAGCUCAAGUGCAUGUGGGCGACUGGAAUCCGGGAGCAAACUCUCGAAUGCCUGCGACUAUUCACGGACCGCCUCGCCUCGGACUUGGGUCUGGGAUCAACAGGAACCAACGGGACAGCUUUGACGGCCGCUCGUCAUUCGGAAGGCUCAGACGAAGACUUUUCACGGUUAUUGGCCCGCUGCUACCUCAAGCAAGGUGAAUGGCAGUUCGCUCUUCAGGAUGGGUGGACCCAUGACUCCAUUGAGCAUAUCUUGAUGCCCUACCGAUACGCGAAGCACCUUGACAAGAGCUGGUACAAGGCCUGGCACACCUAUGCUUUGGCCAACUUUGACGUCAUCUCAUUCUUUGAGAAGGAGGGGCCUGCGGCUGCCGACCAAGUCCAUCCCUAUGUUGUCCCAUCGGUCACAGGAUUCUUCCGCUCGAUCGCCCUCUCUGCUGGCAACUCGCUUCAGGACACGCUCCGUCUUUUGACACUCUGGUUCAAGUUUGGCCAUAGGAAGGAGGUGAAUGAGGCCCUGGCCAAGGGCUACCCGACUGUCAGCAUCGACACCUGGCUUCAAGUCAUUCCUCAGCUGAUCGCUCGUAUUCACGCACCCAGUCCGAGUGUCCAUCGUUUGAUCCACCAACUUUUGUCGGACGUCGGAAAGGCACAUCCACAGGUUUUGGUUUACUCUUUGACGGUCGCGUCCAAGUCACCCAGCGUGUUCCGCAAGAAUGCAGCGUUGGCCAUCAUGGAGAACAUGCGCCUUCACAACCCGGUCUUGGUCGAUCAGGCCUCGAUGGUCAGUCAAGAACUGCUACGUGUCGCGAUUCUUUGGCACGAAAUGUGGGAGGAGGGUCUUGAGGAGGCGUCCACGCUAAAUGCUCAAGGUGGACGGAAUAUUGACGCGAUGCUGGAUAUCCUAGAGCCACUUCACAGGAUGAUCCUCAAGCCGCCAGAGACUAUGCACGAGGUGUCAUUCGUGAAGGCAUUCGGAGAGAAGCUGGAGAAGGCGUAUGGUUGCUGUACCAGAUUCAGGCAGGCGAGAGAUGUCAACGAGCUGAACCGCGCCUGGGAUAUAUAUUUCCAGGUCUUCCACAGCAUCAAGAAGUUGCCUCGGCUAAACACUCUGGAUCUUCCUUAUGUGUCGCCUCAGCUCCAAAACGCCCGGGACCUGGAGCUCGCUAUUCCAGGGACGUACCGAAGCGGCAAACCCGUCAUCAGGAUCUCGUCCUUCAAUCCCACUCUGACCAUCAUGGGUUCCAAGCAGAAGCCGCGUCGACUGAUGAUGAAGGGAAGCAAUGGACGCGAGUACGAGUACUUGUUGAAGGGACACGAAGAUCUUCGGCAGGAUGAGCGUGUGAUGCAACUCUUUGGACUGGUUAACACUCUCCUGGCAGGAGACCCAGAAACAUUCAAGCGCCACUUGAAUAUUACUCAGUAUGCGGUCAUUCCCCUUUCGCCUAACUCGGGAUUGAUCGGCUGGGUCCCUGACACGGAUACCCUGCACAACUUUAUUCGGGAGUACCGUGAAAGCCGCGGAUACUCGUUCUACAUCGAACACCAGCUGCUGACAGAGAUGGCGCCGGAGAAGAGCUAUGACCUUCUGACGGUGAUGCAGAAGGUGGAAAUCUUUGAGAACAUGUUGACCAAGACGGUGGAUCGGGGCGAGGACCUUUACAAAAUUUUGUGGCUCAAGAGUCGAAACUCGGAGGUUUGGUUCGAGCGCAGGACCAACUACACGAGGAGUUUGGCGGUCAUGUCGAUGGUGGGCCAUAUCCUUGGUUUGGGCGACCGACAUCCUUCGAACAUUAUGAUGGAAAAGAACACAGGACGAGUUGUGCAUAUCGAUUUUGGCGACUGUUUUGAGGUGGCGAUGCAUCGACCUCAGUUUCCUGAGAGGAUCCCGUUCCGCCUGACAAGGAUGUUAGUAAAGGCCAUGGAGGUCAGCGGUAUCGAGGGCAGCUUCAGGAACACCAGUGAGAAUGUGAUGAGGGUCUUGCGGGAGAACAAGGAGAGUGUAAUGGCGGUAUUGGAGGCCUUUGUUCACGAUCCAUUGAUUAACUGGAGGAUCUUGCAGACCAGUCCCAGACAGCAAGCGGCUGUAGCACAGAGUCGUACUACAGCUGCAGCGCAGGAGUCGUUUCCUAAGGAUCAGGGUCGCAGUCUUCGGAGACCACUUCCGAGCGAACAAGAGCUGGUCAAUGACAACUCUGAAGUGGAAAUCCAACCAGAGCAGUUGAACCAGAGGGCUGUCACCAUUCUAAACAGAGUGACCAACAAGCUGACGGGACGAGACUUUAACCCGGACCAGACAUUGGAUGUCCCUCAACAGGUUCAGAAAUUGAUCCUCCAGGCCACUUCCACAGAGAACUUGUGUCAAUGCUGGGUCGGCUACUGUGCAUUCUGGUAG